CAUAAUCUGUUUUAGACAUACAGGUUCAGGUUUCUUUUGAAUUGCGCCAUGCAUACAUGGAUGUAAAGAGUAAGAGGAAGUGAAAGAGAGUGAGAGAAGGAGAGAGGUGAAAUGGGGUACUAUUCGUUGUUAAGAAGCCCGAAGAAGGAAGAACAACAAGUUCCUGUGACCAUUGAAACUGAAUUUGUCGACAUGAAAGCUGAGUUUUAUGGCGAAGAUGACAUGAAUAUCAUGGAUGAAUUGGAGGGCAUUUGGGGGCUUAAUGAAAAUGAAGAGAAGUUAGCGAAAGAUAACACACAGCAGCAGCUGACUCAACUUAGUUGGAAUUUCAUGGACUGGGGCCAAGGAUUUAUUCAUCCCAAUGCUCAACAACAACAACAAGAAGAAGAGGACGAAGAAGAAGAAGAAGAAGAAAGAUCAGAAGAACAGAUUGAUGAAUUCAAAAGAAAGUUCUUUCCCGAAGAGGUUAUAAAAAAAGAAAAUCUCGGGUUUCGGGAUGAAGAUGAGAACAACAACAAAGUGGCAUCUUUGAACUUGAAUUUGAACUAUCAAGAAGUGUUAGAUGCAUGGUCUGAUCGUGGACCUCUCUGGGCUGAUGAGUAUUCUCUUUCAAUGGCAAACAAUGGCUACUACAUGGGAGAGGUUCCAGUGAUGGAAGAAGAAAAAGCAAGAAGAGAAGCAAGUGUUUUAAGGUACAAAGAGAAACGUCAAACAAGACUGUUCUCCAAGAAGAUAAGGUACCAAGUUCGCAAACUCAAUGCAGAUAAAAGACCAAGACUUAAGGGUCGAUUUGUUAAGAGAGUUUCAUGAGAAGAUAGUCAAAAUUAUGAGCUUAGAAAUAUCUGAAAAAUAUCUCACUUUGUAUGUGCUUUUUUUAAAGUAAGGAAAAAAUAUCUUUAUCUAUUCAUCGAUACAGACUUUCUGGGAACUUCUUGUGCAACUUUUUGUGAUGGACCCACUGACCAAUUCCAUUAUGUGAUGUGUUAUGAAUUACUCCUAAUUGAAAUUGACCCAACUGUGAUAUGUAUAUAUAUAUCUCAGCAAGGUCUAGUUUUGCCAUUUUUCUGGUGAAAAGAGUCAAAUUCAGAGAAUUUAGCAUCUGGGUAUGCUUGAUUAAAGGUGGGAUUCGAAUAAGUUUUCACAAAAAGUGGUCCAUUUAUUUGAAAUUUGGUUGUGGGGUUGCUUCAGCUUUGUGUUUUUAUCUCUUUAUGUCUAGUGGCAUUUUCUAUGUAGACAAUUCAGCUGCACUGAGAAAUUAUUGUGGGCAAGAUAUGUCACUCUAUCUUAUGGAUGACUCAGCGGGGGACUUUAUUCCAAGAAAAAUACAUAAUUUCUAAGCAUUUGGCUUGUGGU